AUGGCCGAGCCUCUGAAAACGAGCAGCAAUGGAGCUGCCGAAAGGGGUGCUGAAAACCCUGCCUCUGGGACGGCGAAGGCGCCGUCACCGUCGCCGUCGCCGGGGAGGCUACAGGGAUUCGACUCCCUGCAUAUGGAGGCUGAAAGGAUUCCCGGUGGCCCAAGCCACGCCGCCAAGGUUGGCUGGGCGACGACACUGCACUUGGCCUUCCAGAGCCUAGGUGUUGUCUAUGGGGACAUGGGAACUUCACCGCUCUAUGUGUUUUCUAGCACCUUUACUGGUGGGAUCAAAGAUACAAACGACCUCCUUGGUGUCACGUCCCUGAUUAUUUACACUCUGGCUCUCCUUCCGUUGAUGAAAUAUUGUUUCAUUGUCUUGAGAGCUAAUGACAAUGGUGAUGGUGGAACAUUUGCACUUUAUUCCUUGAUAUCUCGGUAUGCUAGGAUUAGCUUGAUACCUAAUCAACAGGUUGAAGAUGCAACGGUCACCCACUACAAGUUAGAGUCCCCUUUGAAUAGUGUCAAGCGGGCUCAUUGGAUAAAGGAAAAGAUGGAAAACAGCCCAAAACUGAAGAUCAUACUUUUUCUAGUGACUAUUCUAGCAACUUCAAUGGUUAUUGGUGAUGUGCUUAGUGCAGUCGGUGGAAUCAAGCAAUCAGCAAACUCCUUAACUCAAGGACAGAUUGCUGGCAUUGCGAUUGGCACUCUGAUUGCGCUCUUUCUUGUUCAACGGUUAGGCACAGACAAAGUUGGUUACACAUUUGGACCAGUAAUCUUGACAUGGUUCAUCUUAAUUGCUGGUAUUGGAAUUUAUAAUGUGAUCAAACAUGACACUGGAAUUCUAAAAGCAUUCAACCCAAAAUACAUCAUAGACUAUUUCCAAAGAAACGGGAAGGAGGGCUGGAUUUCACUUGGAGGUGUUGUUUUAUGCAUCACAGGAACCGAAGCAAUGUUUGCUGAUCUUGGUCACUUCAAUGUGAGAGCAAUUCAGAUUGGCUUCUCCGUAGUUCUACUCCCAUCAGUGCUGCUGGCUUACAUGGGGCAAGCUGCGUAUCUUCGCAUCUACCCUGAACACGUUGCAGAUACAUUCUACAAAUCGAUCCCAGGACCAUUAUAUUGGCCAACAUUUGUGGUGGCCGUGGCUGCUGCUAUAAUUGCAAGCCAAGCUAUGAUAUCUGGUGCCUUCGCAAUCAUUGCCCAGUCCCAAAUUCUUGGAUGCUUUCCACGCGUUCGUGUCACCCACACUUCAAAUAAGUUUCAUGGGCAGGUCUACAUCCCUGAGAUCAACUAUGCAUUAAUGAUCUUAUGUGUAGCUGUGACAGCUAUUUUCCAAACUACAGACAAGAUUGGCAAUGCAUAUGGUAUUGCUGUCGUCUUCGUGAUGUUCAUAACAACACUUCUAGUCACACUGGUCAUGGCCAUGAUAUGGAAGACAAGUCUGCUAUGGAUUGCACUCUUUCCGAUAAUAUUUGGUGGUGCGGAGCUCAUGUACUUAUCCUCAGCGUUCUACAAAUUUAAAGAAGGUGGCUACUUGCCACUAGGUUUCGCAGCAAUUUUGAUGCUUAUAAUGGGCACAUGGCAUUAUGUUCAUGUUCACCGGUACAAAUAUGAGCUCAAGAACAAAGUGUCAAACAACUACGUGGUAGAGUUGGCAACAAAGCGAAAUCUUCCUAGGCUUCCAGGAAUAGGCGUUCUGUACUCAGAGCUUGUCCAAGGAAUCCCACCCAUACUCCCUCAUUUGGUAGAAAAACAAUUCAUCCAUCAAGAAUCUUUCUACAACAAAAGCACUCAUUCCCUUGCAGGAGAAGAUGCUGCAAUCGAAGAAUCAGGAGAUGCAAUGGAGCCUUAUGUUGAAGUUCAAGAUGCAAGGUUACCGAAAAGGUUUUCAGAUGGAAUCAUUGCUAGUCCACUAAACGUGUGCAUGGAUGAGACAGAGUUUAUUCAGAGAGGGAUGGAUGAUGGUGUUGUCCAUCUGCUGGGAGAAACUAACGUGGUUGCAGAGCAAAAUGCCGGAUUAGUGAAGAAAAUAAUAGUUGACUACGCCUACAAUUUCAUGAGGAAGAACUUCAGGCAACCAGAGAAGAUCACAUGCGUCCCUCAUAACAGACUGCUACGAGUGGGAAUGACAUAUGAGAUCUAG